CAAACCCAUAUCAGAAAUAUUAUUUCUGUCUCUAGUGAUGUUUCUAGUGGUUAGCUGGCAAAAUGAGGAAAAUAGAUUCUAGCAAUAAGCUAAUAUUAAUUAAAAUUUGCUUAUAUUUUAUUGAUUUGUUUUAUUGGGUUUCUGGGGUUAUGCUCCUGUGCAUAGGAGUCUCUGUCCAGAUGAAACUCUAUGAUGCUUUCGUGGUGGUGAAUGAAACCUCGUCUGGUGUCCCUGUGAUUAUCACCAUUGUUGGUGGUGUGAUCAUCUCUGUCUCAGCCUUUGGUGCAAUUGCCAUACUGAAGUCCAAUCAUAUGAUGAUCAAAGUGAUAGGUACUAUGUUUCCCCUUCUCCAAUCCUCUGAGACCUCCCCCGUCCUCCAUACACUGUCAAAGUUCACAGGCAUGCUGCUGAUUAUCUUCUUGAUUGAAAUCAUAGUUGGCAUCUCUGCCUAUGCUUACAGAGGGAAGCUGCAUGACAACCUACUGAGAAGCUUCCUGAAGACUCUUGACAAAUAUAACAGAGAAUCCCAAGUAACCAAAGGAGUAGAUCACCUACAGGAGAAUUUCCAGUGCUGUGGUGCUCAAAACUACACUGACUGGUUCAAUACUACAUUUGGAUCUCUCAAUUCAGCUGUUCCAAAUAGCUGCUGCAAGAUAACGAAAAGUUGUGGAACGAAUCUAAGCAACGAUACUGCUAACAUUAACCAACAGGGAUGCAUUCAAAAGCUGAAGAAGUGGGCUGAAGAACGUAUUGCUCUUAUUGGAGGGGUUUGCAUAAGUGUUGGAUUUGCACAGUUACUUGGGAUCUUAUUUAGCUACAUGCUACUGAGACUACUUAAUGAAGAUUACGUGAACUUGUGAGCCUUCAGAAUGAUCGUGCAACUUAAUAUAUGAAUUUUAUGAGUUUCCUUACUUGUGUCUUUUUGAUCCGACUAUGCUUAAAAGGCUAUGUUGCAUAAAUUAAAAUUGAACAAUUAAAAGAAUUACCUGUCUUCA